AUGUUCCCGUUUUUAAGUUUCAACAUUUCAGGGCUAGACCCAACUGCUCACUACAACAUUUUUGUGGACGUUAUCCUGGCUGAUCCAAAUCAUUGGAGGUUCCAGGGAGGCAAGUGGGUCCCCUGCGGAAAGGCGGACACCAACGUCGGAGGAAAUCGAGUUUACAUGCACCCGGACUCGCCCAACACGGGUGCACACUGGAUGCGUCAGGAGAUCUCUUUUGGCAAAUUGAAGCUGACAAACAACAAAGGGGCAUCGAACAACACGGGACAGAUGGUGGUGCUUCAGUCUUUGCACAAGUACCAGCCGAGGCUCCACGUGGUGGAAGUGAACGAGGACGGCACGGAGGACGGCAGCCAGCCUGGCCGAGUGCAGACGUUCACCUUCCCCGAGACGCAAUUCAUCGCUGUCACCGCCUACCAGAACACCGACAUUACGCAAUUGAAAAUUGACCACAACCCUUUUGCCAAAGGAUUUCGUGACAACUAUGACACUGUGUACACAGGCUGCGACAUAGACCGUCUCACUCCGUCCCCGGGCGAUUCCCCCCGCUCGCAACUCGUGGCCGGGCCUCGCUACGCCGUGCACAGCCCUUUCCUCCAGGAGCAGUUCGUCAGCUCCUACGCCAAAUCUCGCUUCCAUCCCGGGGUGGCGGCGGCUGCUGGCGCCGACCGCGGCAUGGCCCUCAGCAACAGCUUGCAGGGCGACGAGGCCUCGGUGGGCGGUGCCCCGCAGCGCUGGUUCGUCUCCCCUGCCAACAACCGACUGGACUUUGCCGCCUCGGCCUACGAGGCCGCCGACUUCGCCGGCAACGCUGCCACCCUGCUGUCAUACGCCGCCGCCGGCGUCAAGGCGCUGCCCUUGCCCGCGACGGGCUGCUCCAACCGGGCCCUCGGCUACUACGCGGACCCUUCCGGGUGGGGAGGACGCACCCCGCCGCAGUACUGCGGGGGAGUCGGCGGCAAAGCGAGCUCCGUCUUCCCCUGCUGGCCCGCCAACUCCAUCGGGGGGAGGAGCAACUGCCUGGCCGAGGAGGGCGACUCCGUCCCCACGCAGCGCUCGCCCGGCGCCUCGGAGGAGGCCAAGGCCAAGGACGUGACCUCCGAGUCGAGCUGGAUCGAGACCCCUUCGUCCAUCAAGUCUAUCGACUCCAGCGACUCGGGCAUCUUCGAGGCGGUCAAGCGGAGACGGAUGUCGCCCUCCUCCACCCCGGUGCCGGACACCGUGUCCCCGCUUAAGACGGAUCUCCUGAGGGACGACAAGUCUGGCUGGGCUCAGCAUCAUCAUCUUCGUCAUCAUCCUCCUCUUCUCCAUCGCCACCCACGACACUGCAGCAUGGACACGCAGGACCAGGCAGUACACAUGGAGCCACUGCUACCCAAUGUCAACUCUUCAUUUGCCUCAUCUGUUGGCCGUAGAAGUUUGAGGAGUGAUGACGAAGCUGUCGUGGACAGAGGAGGAACGCGCUCGCAGCAGAGCACUAACUUUGAGCCCGAAGAUCUUGAAGGUCACAGGACUCUGUACAUCGGGGUUCACGUCCCAUUGGGCAGCAUCAGACAGCGGAGCCAUCGCAGGCACCGUCACCAUGGUAACAAACACAAACGGAGGAGCAGGGAGCGGGCCCUCCCAUUGGUGGAGGGGAGAGAGUCACCCAUCUAUGACACUCCCUCCCAAAGGGUUCAGUUCCUCCUCGGGACAGAAGAUGAGGAUGAGGAGCACAUUCCUCAUGACCUUUUCACGGAGAUGGAUGAGAUUUUCAUGAGGGAGGGCGAGGCCGAUUCUGAGUGGAAGGAGAGCGCCAGGUGGCUGAAGUUUGAGGAGGACGUGGAGGACGGAGGAGAGCGAUGGAGUAAACCCUACGUGGCCACGCUGUCUCUGCACAGCCUGUUCGAGCUGCGCAGCUGCGUCAUCAACGGCACCGUGCUACUCGACAUGAGGGCCGGCGCCAUCGAGGAGAUCGCCGAUAUGGUACUGGACCACCAGGAACUAUACUCGCCACUGGGCGAUGAGCUCCGAAAGAAAGUUCGCCAAGCGCUGUUGAAGCCACACCAUCAUCAGAACCAGAAGAAGCUGGCCAAUCGCUUGCCCAUCGUACGCUCGCUCGCCGAUAUUGGCCGACGGUCGUCAGACUCUCACCUGAACAAGAACGGUCAGAUGACAUCUUCACAGUCUCAUUUAGCAGGUCCGGAUGGAAAAGGUGACAUCACCAGAGAAAAUAGCUCUGUGGAUUUAAGCAAGAUGGACCUCCAUUUUAUGAAGAAGAUCCCACCGGGUGCUGAGGCGUGCAACGUCUUAAUAGGAGAGUUGGAGUUCCUCAACAAGCCUGUGGUGGCUUUUGUACGUCUUUCGCCAGGCGUUCUUCUCAGUGGGCUGGCUGAGGUCCCCAUCGCCACCAGGUUUCUGUUUAUUCUCCUGGGACCCUUCGGAAGAGGCCCUCAAUAUCACGAGAUUGGAAGGUCCAUGGCUACACUCAUGACAGACGAGGUCUUCCAUGAUGUCGCAUAUAAAGCAAAGGACCGAAAUGAUCUAAUCGCCGGGAUUGACGAAUUUCUCGAUCAAGUGACAGUCUUGCCACCGGGAGAGUGGGAUCCAUCUAUCAGGAUAGAACCACCCAAAAAUGUUCCUUCUCAAGAGAAGAGGAAGAAAAAUACCAACGACGCAGCUGAGGGUAAUGAAGAGGAGCAUGAAGGCCAUGGAGGUCCUGAACUGCAGCGCACGGGGAAGUGGUUUGGCGGUCUGGUUCUCGACAUCAAGCGCAAAGCCCCCCACUACUUAUCCGACUACUCGGAUGCGUUCAGUUUGCAGUGCGUGGCCUCGUUCCUGUUCCUCUAUUGUGCCUGCAUGUCCCCCGUCAUCACCUUCGGAGGACUUUUGGGCGAGGCAACCGAAGGACGCAUUAGUGCAAUUGAGUCACUGUUCGGCGCCUCGUUGACGGGCAUCGCUUAUUCGUUAUUUGCCGGUCAGCCGCUCACCAUUCUGGGCAGUACUGGCCCGGUGCUCGUCUUUGAGAAGAUACUCUUCAAAUUCUGCAAGGAGUACGGCCUGUCCUACUUGUCCCUGAGGACCUGCAUCGGCCUGUGGACAGCCUUCUUGUGCAUGGUGCUGGUGGCUACAGACGCCAGCGCCCUGGUGUGUUACAUCACUCGCUUUACGGAGGAAGCCUUCGCCUCGCUCAUCUGCAUCAUCUUCAUUUAUGAGGCCUUGGAGAAAUUGUUCUACUUGGGAGACUACUAUCCCUUUAACAAGAACAACAACCUGGACAAGCUCUCCUUGUACUCAUGUUCAUGCGUUGAGCCUUCUGACCCCACCAACAGCACCCUGAAGUACUGGGAGGUCAAUAACGUCACUGCGUCGGAAAUCUACUGGGAAGCGUUGGAGGUCAAGGACUGUGUUGAAAAGCGUGGCGAGUUUGUGGGCACCGCCUGCGGUCCCAACGGACCUUACGUCCCCGACGUUCUCUUCUGGUGCGUCAUUCUCUUCUUUUCCACCGUCUUCAUGUCGUCUUUCCUUAAGGAGUUCCGCUUCAGACGUUAUUUCCCCACCAAGGUGAGGUGCAUCAUUAGUGAUUUUGCUGUUUUCAUCACCAUCUUCACCAUGGUCCUGGUUGACUACUCUUUAGGGAUCCCAUCUCCAAAACUGAAAGUUCCAAGUGUUUUUAAGCCAACCAGAGAUGAUCGAGGCUGGUUCAUCAACCCGCUGGGGCCAAACCCCUGGUGGACUGUCGUCAUUACGCUCUUUCCAGCUCUGCUGUGCACCAUCCUCAUCUUCAUGGACCAGCAGAUUACAGCUGUCAUCAUAAACAGGAAGGAGCACAAGCUUAAGAAAGGCUGCGGCUACCACCUGGACCUGUUCAUGGUGGGGUUGAUGUUGGGUGUUUGCUCCCUGAUGGGCUUGCCGUGGUUCGUGGCGGCCACCGUGCUCUCCAUCACUCACGUCAACAGCCUGAAGUUGGAGUCGCAGUGCUCGGCGCCCGGCGAGCAGCCCAAGUUCCUGGGCAUCAGGGAGCAACGUUUGACCGGCCUCAUGAUCUUCGUCCUCAUGGGCUGCUCCGUCUUCCUGACGUCUAUGCUAAAGUUCAUUCCCAUGCCCGUCUUGUAUGGUGUCUUUCUCUACAUGGGAGCAUCUUCUCUUUGCGGAAUACAGUUUUUUGACCGUCUCACACUGUUGGGCAUGCCUGCCAAGCACCAGCCAGAUUUCAUCUACCUGCGUCACGUACCCCUGAGGAAGGUGCACCUGUUCACGUUGAUCCAACUCAGCUGUUUGAUUCUGCUCUGGGUCAUCAAGACCUCCAAGGCCGCCAUCGUUUUCCCCAUGAUGGUUUUGGCUCUGGUGUUCAUCCGGAAACUGUUGGACUGCAUCUUCUCAAAAAGAGAGCUGAGCUGGUUGGAUGACCUCAUGCCAGAGAGCAAGAAGAAGAAGCUGGAGGAUGCCGAGGAGGAGGAAGAGCAGAGCGUCCUGGCUGAGGAAGAAGGCGUCGUGCAAGUGCCAUUGGAGGGAUGCAAAGGAUUACCUGUCAUCAACAUCACGGAUGAGAUGUCCAAAGGUUCUUUUGGAAGCACUUGGAAUGCUACAAGCUAGGACGUUUGUAAAAAUAUCAACAUGUUAGGGU